GCCCCGGGCAGCGCCGGCCGGUGCCGGGGGCCCGUGUCCAGGACGGCAGCGUUGAGUGGCCGGAUUCUUCCAUGCGCCCCUGCAUCCCGCGAGGGAGACAGGGGCCGAAGCCGAAGCCCUAGAGCUUCGGGACCGCGACCACCACCGACGCCGCUGCCACCCGCCGCAACAGGAACAGCAACAGCAGCCGCAGGGUCGAGAAGCGCGACCGGCCUGAGCGAGCUCCCGGCCCUGGAGACUUGCUGGGGCCGCGCCCCGCCCGCGCGCCCCGGAGCUGAGGAGGGCCCCGCUGCAGCCGCCGCGCCCCUCCCAGUCCCAGGCCCCAGGGCCCGGCCCGGCAGCAUGAGCCAGGCGGAGCUGUCCACCUGCUCGGCUCCGCAGAGCCAGCGAAUCUUCCAGGAGGCGGUGCGCAAGGGAAACACGAAGGAGCUGCAGUCGCUGCUACAGAACAUGACGAACUGCGAGUUCAACGUGAACUCUUUCGGGCCCGAGGGCCAGACGGCGCUGCACCAGUCGGUCAUUGACGGUAACUUGGAGCUGGUGAAACUGCUGGUCAAGUUCGGCGCCGACAUCCGCCUGGCCAAUCGUGACGGCUGGAGCGCGCUGCACAUCGCCGCCUUCGGGGGUCACCAGGACAUCGUGUUAUACCUCAUCACCAAGGCCAAGUACUCGGCCAGUGGCCGGUGAUGGCCGGCGCCGCCCGGCCGGGGGCAGAACCCGGGGAGGCGCCGCGCACUGCACUCUCCACCCGCCUGGGCGCCUGUCCGCAACUCCUCUGCGCCCUCCUUCCCUCGCACGACUAGGCUCCGGGAGGGCGCAGGCACACUGGGAGCAGCGGACAGGACAGCAGGAGGCCGCGGGCCACGUCAGUUAAGCCAAGCGCCCAGGGAACCCCCCGUGGGUCCGAGGUCGCGGAGCAGGCGGCGGCUCAGCGAAGAGUGUUCAGUGUGUGUGAGUGUGUGUGUGCGUGCGCGUGCGUGAGUGUGUGCGCGCAAGA